CUCUGUUUUGUGCACAAGUUCUCAUAACUCGCAAAAUUUGAAAGAAAUCUUGAAAUACAUUGAUUCCAAUCAAAUUUUAGCAACAUAUCCAUCCAUGAGUCACGCCUGAUUUAAAAUAGGGUGACAACAGAAACCAAUCCAAAGUUAAGCCCGUUUAUUUUCAACUAAGAACAAUUUAACCCUGUUCACGGUCGUUAUUUAAGCAUAGACAGUACGGUAGCUUGAUAUCGAUUGUCAAUAAUCAAGAGUUCAACAACAACUUAAACUGACGUUUCAGUACAAUUUAGUAACGCUCGGAAUGUCCAACGUGAAGGGUGUUUCAAAGACACGAUUCCAUGAACUCCAUUCUAGGAUUUCUGUCACGCGCGCCGAGCAAGGCGAUGGAACGGUACGAGCGAUUGGCGCGUCUUGGAGAGGGUAGUUAUGGUGUUGUCUUCCAGUGCAGAGAUCGGCAAACUGGAAGAUUGGUAGCUGUAAAAAAGUUCCAACAGACCGAGGAUGACCCUCUCAUACGAAAGAUAGCGCUACGUGAAAUACGGUUGCUUAAGAAUCUUAAGCAUCCGAACCUGGUAAACCUUCUGGAGGUAUUCAGACGGAAACGGAAAUUGCAUCUAGUCUUCGAAUACUGCGAAUACACGCUGUUGAACGAGAUGGAGAGAUAUCCGCACGGCUGUCCGGAAAUUACCACAAAGCAACUUACGUGGCAAAUUCUACAGGGUGUCGCGUAUUGCCAUCGACUAUGUUGCGUACAUAGGGACGUAAAACCUGAGAAUAUUCUAAUCACAGCUGAAGGUGUAGUAAAAUUGUGCGAUUUCGGUUUCGCACGGAUACUCAGCCCUGGUGAAAACUAUACAGAGUAUGUCGCAACCAGGUGGUAUAGGGCACCAGAACUACUGGUCGGAGAUACGCAAUACGGCACACCUGUAGACGUAUGGGCGAUAGGUUGCGUUUUUGCAGAAUUGAUACGAGGAGAAGCACUGUGGCCAGGAAAAUCGGAUGUGGAUCAAUUAUAUUUAAUUCGAAGAACUAUCGGAGACUUAUUACCAAGGCAUAUAGCCAUUUUCCAGCAGAACGAAUUUUUCGCUGGUAUCACUUUACCAACCCCUCAAACUCUCACUCCUCUUGACGAGGCUCUCCCUAACAGAGGAAAUGUCAUUCUACAGCUCGACUUCCUCAAAAAAUGUCUAGACAAAGAUCCAGAUAAAAGAUGGUCUUGUGAACAACUUUUACAGCACUCAUAUUUUGAAAAUUUUCAUUUCAAAAUGCCUGAAGCCGAAAUGGAAGAAUUUGAAAAACUUAAAAAGUAUCGAGAUCGAUCAAGGAAUAGUAAUUACAGUCAAAUGGUAUUACCACAACUUCCUAAAGCUGGUGCUUCAGUACAUAGUCAAAAUGAAAAUCGGCCGAAAAGCUCUGCCACACAUAAUCAGCAGGAUUUCGAUCACCUGCCUACUAUUAAGGGUUGCAAUUAAGUUCCUCUGUGAUUGUAAUAUACUUAUACAUAUAUACAUA